UGCUGUCUGAAGACACGGAGCAGAGAGGAGAGGCAGGGAAGCCAGAGUAGGAGAGGCACAGCUCGGUCAUACACACACAGCGGAGCUUCCUCACAUCAUGCUGGGCAACAAGAAGAAAGCAGCCCCGGUAAACGGCGCCGGGACGUCCGAAUCUAAGGCCAUCGAUCCUCUGAGGAAUCUGGGAGUGCAGGAGGAUGAAGAUGUGAAGCUGAUGUUACAGGGUUCCAGUAUGGUGAAGGUCCGCUCACCUCGCUGGCAGAAGAGACGAACUCUGAAACUGCUGGAUGACGGUGUCACCAUCUGGUGUCAGUCCCACAAAACCUCCAGCCGGGCCAAGGAGCUACAAUCCUUCUCCGUCACAGAGGUGGAGUGUGUUCGGGAGGGUUGCCAGUCAGAGAUGUUGCGGCGGGUGGCUGGUUCAGUACCUGAAGGCCAGUGUUUGACAGUCGUCUUCAAAGGGCCCCGCAAGAGUCUGGAUCUCCUCUGCCAGAGCCAGGACGAGGCUAAGCACUGGGCCCGCGGCAUCCGAACACUGCAGGAGAGGGUGGAGAACAUGACCCAGAAGGAGAAACUUGACCACUGGAUUCAUGCUUACCUGAGUCGGGCAGACCAGAACCACGAUGAUAAGAUGAGCUACGAUGAAGUGCAGACACUGCUGCAGAUGAUCAACAUUGACUUGAGUGACCAGUAUGCCCGAACCCUCUUCCAGAAAUGUGACCGCUCGGCCGACGGUCGUCUGGACCACGCAGAGAUUGAAAUCUUCUGCAGGGAGUUGUUACGGAGGCCCGAGCUGGAUGCCGUGUUCAUCCGCUACUCUGCAAAUGGCUGUGUGCUUUCCACUGUGGACUUGAGGGAUUUCCUGCAGGACCAGGGGGAGGAUGCUUCACUCACCCAUGCCCAAAGCCUUAUACUCACCUAUGAACUUAACGCGUGGGCCCAGAAGAACCAGUUCAUGACACCCAAUGGUUUCACCAUUUACAUGCUGUCUAAGGAGAACUGUGCGUUUAACCCGGAUCAUGCAAGGGUUUAUCAAGACAUGACACAACCGCUGGCACACUACUUCAUCUCCUCCUCCCACAACACCUACCUCACCAAGGACCAGCUGACCGGGGACAGCAGCACAGAGCCAUACAUCAGAGCCCUGAAACAUGGCUGUCGCUGUGUGGAGCUGGACUGUUGGGAUGGAGAUAAAGGAGAGCCAGUCAUCUACCAUGGACACACACUCACCUCCAAAGUACCCUUUGUUGAAGUCAUUGAGACAAUCAAUGAGUAUGCUUUUAAAGCAUCUCCCUUCCCCCUGAUCCUGUCACUGGAGAACCACUGUUCCUUGGAGCAGCAGACAGUGAUGGCUCAACAUCUGCGAUCCAUCCUGAAGGACAAGCUGCUUACCAAGCCCCUAAAUGGUCUGGAUUCCCGCAACCUACCUUCUCCAGAGGAUCUUAAGGGUAAAAUCCUGGUGAAGGGGAAGAAGGAGCACGUGGUGAAGGAGUGCUCGUCCAGCUCCUCAGAAUUCAGUUCCUCAGAUGAGGAAUCCUGCCAGGCUGAUGGCAAAGCCAGAGGAAAGAAAGAGGACAAGAAGCCAGGUGUGUCUAAGCUGAGUCCAGAGCUGUCAGAUCUAGUGGUGUACACCCGCAGUGUUCCCUUUAAAAGCUUCGAGCAAGCUGCCAAAAACCCAUCAACCGACAUGUCCUCUUUUGCUGAAAGUGAAGCCCUCAGGCACGUUAAGGACUCAGGGAUGUAUUUUGUGCGUCACAACACUCACCAGCUCAGCAGGAUCUACCCCUCAGGCCAGCGCCUCCAGUCCUCCAACUACAACCCUCAGGAGAUGUGGAACGGAGGCUGUCAGAUUGUUGCUUUGAACUUCCAGACACCUGGUGAGCAGAUGGACUUAAAUGAAGGCAAGUUCCUGCAGAAUGGUCGAUGUGGUUACAUCCUGAAGCCUCCCUUCAUGUGCCAGCCUGACACCACCUUCAACCCAGAGAAUGUCGGUGGAGGUCCUGCCCACAACCCCGUCCUGCUCACUGUUCGGGUGAUUUCAGCCCAGCAGCUGCCUAAACCAGAAUGGGACAAGCCUAGCUCCAUUGUGGACCCUCAGGUGUGGGUUGAGGUACAUGGUGCUCCCAUUGACAACAACAAGAAGAAAACCCAUCAUGUUGAUAACAAUGGCUUUAACCCUCGGUGGGACUGUACCUUUAAUUUUACCGUCCAUGCCCCUGAACUGGCUUUGGUUCGUUUCAUGGUGGAAGACCAUGACUAUACCUCAAGCAACGACUUCCUAGGACAACACACCAUCCCUUUCACAAGUCUCCGCAAAGGUUAUCGUCAUGUCCGACUACUCAAGCUGGAUGGCUCCAGCCUUUCUCCCUCCUCACUCUUCGUCCAUAUCAAGCUCACUCCCUGUACGAACAGUCCGUCCAAAUCAUCAGCUAAGUCACCGGCCAGGUCACCGUCCAAGUCCUCAGCUAAAUAGCUCUAACCAGCAUAGAAGCCACCAUGGGAAGAUCUUAUAAGACAUAUCUGCCUUUAUCAAGGCAAAAAAAAACCCUCAAUGGUUCUGACCUUGAUUUGCUAAUGAUGCAGCUACAUCCUCAAACUGUUUAUAUUUUGUGUAACAAGAGGACUGUGGUUUUACAAAAAAUUGAAAUUGACCAGUAUUCCAGUAUUUCAUAUUUGUGAAGAAAGAAAAAAAACCUCCAAACCAUGGCAGUGAGCUUUUAUUAAUCUGCUGAUCUUCAGGAUGUCUAAACAUGGGAAAGUGAGAUACAAUCAGGGAAGGAAAUACCAUCAGUAAUGAAACAAGUAUCCAUUGUGGCUGGAGUUGUUAACUACACUCCCAGCUUCAUUUCCUCAGAACAAAACAAAUAGAAAAUGUACCAGUCACAGUGACUGGUACAUACCUGAAGCCAGAAUUAUCCCUUUAAUUCUCAAUUUAAAGGAGGCUUAAUUCUUAGAGCAGGACUCAAGAACGUAAUGACAACCAGUUGAACCAGCCUGCAGAAGUUUACAUUUUAUUUAAAAAAAGAUUUACAAGAGCAUGACCAAGAUUUACAAGAGCAUGACCAAAGUUUGGUGCUAGAUUUAGUCUCUACAUUAGUUUUAGUCUACAUUUUGAUCAUCUUGCAAGACCCUCUAACUUGCCUCCUGCAAGAAGAACUCGUAUUUUUAACUGCAAGCAUGUUACUUUAAUGUCUAUUUUAUCUAUGUAUAAACUGUGUGUAUGUGAUUCAUUGAUUAUACUGAUAGUGUAGAGAGCCUAGAUCAUAAAUGGAGAUUUUUUAAAAUAGUAUGUGAAGACGCUAUGACAUGUUCAAGGAUAUAAAGGAUAUGGUCAGAACAAGAAGCUCUCAGAUGAAAUAAGUGCAUUGAAAGAACUAUUGGUUGCUGUCAUCAUUCCUACCGUCCAAGUGACCCAAGUGAUUGGGGACACAAUCUACAAGUGCUUGUUGCAAUGUUGAACAGCAUCUGAACCUGCCGUCCCCCUCUAUAGCUUUCUGAUAUUGAAACCCGAUUCUGAAACCAACAAUCCAACAAGCAUGCCCACUUCACACAGCAACUGGCCAGGUUUACCAGCGAUGAGAAGGAAGGUUAGAUUUGAACUUCGGAACAGCUCGAAACACUUUUGCCUUUAGAUGUGGUCGGAGGACAUGUUGUACAAACUAGGGUCGUGUCCUUUCAGGGACCAUUGAGAUGAUAAAACACUAUCUAGGAGGGUUUGAGUAAUUCAUCCCUGAGUGUGUGGACUUCAGAGGUCAAGACGCUGCAGUUAAUUAUAAACUACAAUUGACAAUAGUUCAAUCCUCCAGUCUUGAAGAUUGUGAGGUAAACAGUCGAAUGGAACAGUCCACAUUACAAAAUGAUUUACCAGAAAUGUGUACUAAAUGUAGGCUAUUAGAUUGGCCAACGCGUGAUGUUGCAUUGUGUUAAGGUUAAAGUUAGGCCAAAUAGGACUUUUUUUUUGCCUGACAAACUGGGGGUCAACACAGGGGCUACAUCGAAUUAAAAGAGGGUGCUGUGCUUUUCAAUUCAGUUGCUAGCAUUAGCCUGAACACAGCCAUAGCCAAGUAUCCCCAGCCUUUAUCUUAUCAAGGAUACACUGACGUAGAGGCACCAAGAAGGAACCUCAUACUAAAAAGACUAACUAUAGAAGAUAACUCUUUGAUUUGGCUAUGGACUGUAAAGAUUUUCCCUUCUUUUGCUCAAAGAUUGCUUUGUAGGUGUUGCUUCAUAGAGCAUAUGAUCAAAUACAGGAACCAUUCACUUUUGAAACAUUCAUAUGAGCAUGUGAGUAUUGCAUUAAGGCAUUUGUUGUAAAAUAUUAUAAACCCAAAGUUCAUUUAGUUGCCUUUUUCCAGAGCUUUCCAUAAUAUUCCCCUGUCACUGUAGUUACAAUCUUCCCAGGGCAAAUGUGUAAUGUCACAUGAUGGGUUCUCAGAAAAAGGAUGUGGGAUAUGGUCAAAAACUGAAACAGCUAAUGAGUCAACCUUGAGUGUAGACUAUUUCUGUGUCUCAAAUCUCGUACUUCUGUACUUACACUUAAUAUAUUGAGUACGUAAGCACCUUCAUGGGAAAUGCAGUGCACCAGUACCUGGAUGGUACACUCGAAACAGUCAAAAAGUUGAGUGUGGAAUUAUGGACACUUCUCAUCCUCAACAGUCGCCAUCUUGUUGUAACUAUGGUGAACAUCGCUGCAUUAUACAAAUGUAAAUUAUACAUGUGUUUUUUUUAGACUAGGCACCACUAUACUGUUGUCAGAAAUAAGCCAUUAGUAGGUUUAUUGGGUUCAUUUAGCAGUCUGUAAUGAUUUGGUACCGCAAACCAUAACGGGAAUGGUAACGCUAGCUAAUUGUCAUUUUCUGUAAGUGCGCAAUGGUCAUGUUUCAUUUGAGACAACACUAACAGUACGUACAUAGUGUACUAACAUAAGUAUGUGAUUUGAGACACAGUGUAUUUUACAUACGAUGCGGUAUGUAUGCUCACUAGUGAAUCCUUCUUUAACUCUGCACUAGGAAUACACACAUCCUACCGUAGCUGUCAGUGUAAAGCUGACACCAGGGUCAAAUGGGAUGACUUCCCUCAUACUGUAAAAGAAAAGCCAUAUGGAAAAGAGUUUUUAUAUAUGUUACUGUAGAUCUCCAUAAUGAAGAAAACCUCUCGUUUCUGCCUGGCUGACAUGUGCUGUACUAAUGGAUGCUCUAUUAGCAGUUAAAACGAUCCCAGUACUUUUAUAAUGUAGCUUAGUGUUUCAUGUUAGACAGUAAAAUGAGAUUAUUUUAUGUUAAAUGUUUUGUCUGUUAGCAUCCUAUGUCUGUUUUCUUUUUAUCUUUGAACGACUGAAACUAAACCAUCAUCUAAAGUUUUUAUAUUAUAAAAUGAAUUAGUUCUUCAAUAAUUAGAUGAUAUGCACUAGAUAGGUCUGCUGCCUUAUUGUUAGCUUGUUGGAUAGAUAUACUUGCAUAUACUUUAUAUUUGCAAUGUCUUUGUUAUAUUUAACUUUGCCAUCGUUUACUUAGUGUUUAAAUGUGUUAUGUGAAGAGGAGAGUCGGCUUGACUGAUCCUGGCCACUGUGACAUGAAAACUUUAUUAUGGUCAUUGUUUGAAAAGAUCAUUUAGCCAUGAUUUUUAUUUUGAAGUCAUCUACUGUCAGUUAUGUUAAAGAACAUUUUUUAUAUGUAUUUUAUUGAUGAGGGACAUUUUAUAUGUAAGUGUUUUAUAGGAGGUGGUUUUAGAUAUUUUGUUGACGACAUGUGACAAGAAGUAUUAUGAACAUUUCAUUUUAAAUUAAUCUCACAGAGAAUUUGAUGACUUGAGGGAGAUUUUCAAUCAGGGCUGAAUGCUGGGAGAUGCUGCUUUAGAGAGAUCGGUGUUAAUCUUCAAGCAUCUUAUAAAUGAUGAAAUAAUCAAAGAGUUUCUGAAAGGACACUGUCAUUGUCCGCUUCGUGCUAGUACCGAACAAUCGAAAUCAAAUCCAGCCCUGUGUCCCAACAACAUCGCACUUACUCUCAUGAAUCAGUUACUGUAGGUGUGGGAACUACAUAUAUUGUUAAAAGACCAAAGUUGUGUUUUUUAAAUUGUAGCAAUGACAACAAAAACUGAAUACUGUACAAUUCAAAGCAUUGACAUCAUUGUUUAUUUAUUGUCUCUUAAGUAAUAUACAGUUUGCUUGUGUUGAACCAAACCGACCUGAUGUUAUUUAUUGAAACAGGUAAUAUAUACUAUACUGUACUCUGUUCUAUUCUGAAACAACCUCAUCAUGUCAGAUGGUAUUUGAGUAACUGAAGUGUCGCUUUUAACCAAAUUGUCAACUGACAGAAAUGACAUGUUUUUACAGAAAAAAUGAAUAAA